AUGUUCACCCCUCUCUCGAGUAUGAACGCCUGGUGGUGGUCCAUCCUCGAAAACCACAUCUACCCCCUCCCCCCUUACCCUCCGCGCAAACGCACAAAACCAAUGGAAGUCCUCUGCGUCGGGCCCCCGCGCUCCGGCACCGAGUCCCUUCAACAGGCCCUCCUCACCCUCGGCUACGACCACACCUACCACGGCUGGGACAUCGUCUACGAGGACCCGCCGAUCCCGGCGCCCGGCUGGGUCAAGCUCGCGCGCAAGAAGUACUUCGGGCACGACAACCCCGCCCCGGACUCGGGGGACGUGAGCAUCUCAGCAGAAGAAUUUGACGAGCUGAUCGGACACUGCGUGGCGGUGACCGACGCGGCGGCGAGCUGCUUCGCGCCGGAGAUGGUGCGGGCGUAUCCGCAGGCGAAGGUGGUGCUGAAUGUGCGGCGGGAUCUGGAGGGGUGGCAUGAGAGCGCGGUGAAGACGCUGGUGCAUGUAAAUGAGAGCUGGAGCUUUUGGGUGGCGAGUUUGCUGGAUCGGGAGGCGUUUUGGGCGUGGCAUGUGUAUGAGCGGUUUCUGUGGGCGUUGUUUUUCCGGGCGCCGGAUGGGGAUAUGGCGGGGGCUAUUAAGAGGAAUGGGAAGUGGGUUUAUCGAGAGCAUUGUGAUAUGAUUCGCGGCAUGGUGCCUCCUGAGAGGUUGCUUGAGUGGUCUGUUGAUGACGGCUGGGAGCCGCUUUGCAAGUUCUUAGGAAAGGAGGUGCCGGAUGAGCCGUUUCCUCAUGCGAAUGCGACGGGGCUAGGAGGAGGGUGGAAGGCCAGGGAAGAGAUGGCGACGAAGAGAUGGGUUGAGGGGGCGUUGACCAACCUCAUCUGGGCGGGGAUUUUCUUCGUCGGGGCGGCUAUUGCGUGGAUGAAGUAUGGAAGGUGA